AUGAGUUGGAUGUUCCUCAGAGACCUCUUAAGUGGAGUAAAUAAAUACUCCACUGGGAUUGGGCAGAUUUGGCUGGCUGUUGUGUUCAUCUUCCGGUUGCUGGUCUACAUGGUGGCAGCAGAGCAUGUGUGGAAAGAUGAGCAGAAAGAGUUUGAGUGCAACAUUAGACAGCCUGGUUGUGAAAAUGUGUGUUUUGACUACUUCUUCCCCAUCUCCCAGAUCAGACUUUGGGCCUUACAACUGAUCAUGGUCUCUACGCCUUCACUUCUGGUGGUUCUACAUGUAGCCUAUCGCGAGGGUAGAGAGAAAAGGCACAGAAAGAAACUCUAUGUCAGCCCAGGUACAAUGGAUGGGGGCCUGUGGUACACUUACCUUAUCAACCUCAUUGUUAAAACUGGUUUUGAAAUUGGCUUCCUGGUUUUAUUUUAUAAGCUGUAUGACGGCUUUAGUGUUCCCUAUCUUAUGAAGUGUGAUUUGAAGCCUUGUCCCAACACUGUGGAUUGCUUCAUCUCCAAACCCACAGAGAAAACUAUCUUCAUCCUCUUCUUGGUCAUGACCUCGUGCCUGUGCAUUGUAUUGAACGUCAUUGAACUGAGCUUUUUGGUUCUCAAGUGUUUUAUUAAGUGCUGUCUCCAAAAAUACCCUAAAAGACUCAAGUGCUGGGUGUGUGAGUGCCACAACCUCAGAUAUAUUGAAUGUGGUGAGAUAGGGGCCCCUCCCCUAGCCCAGAAUCACCAUUCAGACACGGCCCUAAGCACAUCCCAGCGAGGUGAAACAAAGCUACUUUGUGACACACAAGAGAGUUAA